UAACCGCAGCUCCGCCCCUCUCCGAGACUUUGGAACUUGGCUGCUUCGCCCCGAAUGCCCCCUCUCACCUGAUCCAGCUGAUCGGUGACCUCACUCAUCCUCGGGAGCGAAUUUGUAUGUAUUGUGCUGCUGGUGCAUAAAGACAUUGGUUGUCUGUACAAAGAGCGAGUUGUUUGUUUCCAAGUUUUUUUGAAUCUCACCAGCGGGUUCUUGGAGCAAACACGCCCUCGACCUCGAGCUAUAUUAGGCGCGCUCGCUUCGGCAAACACCUCCACCACUUCAACUUCCUUCCGCCUUCUACCUCCAGGCUUGCUGAACUCCUCGACAUCUACAUCAUGUCGAACAAUUUUGGCUUUGGCUCCAUGCCUGGAAUGGAGUCCCUCCAGGAUUUCUACUCGAGCUCACAGUCCUACCAAGAUGACCUGUGCGGGCUCGACAGCUCCUUCGAUAACUCCUGGAUGGAGAACCUCGAUCCCAAGCUCAAAGUCCUGAACCAACCUCAAGCUCCCUUUUCAUGGCAAGUUCAACACCAUUUCCAGCAACAAAGUCAACUACAACAACCUAUGCAACGCUUUAUUCAGGAACCAGAGAGAACCUUCUUUUCUGCUGCUCCUCUUGCUACCACACCACAAGGAUUCUUUGACAUGACGCGUGCAGGAGCUCCUAUCUCCACGCUUCCACGCGCUUAUCAAAACCGCAUGGGUUCCCCGUCACCAUCGCAAGGCGCGGUGACCUCGACGUGUAGCAGUGGUUUGAGCCCACCGGCUGAAAACGAUUGGCCCCAAGACAACAUCUUCUCACCUCAGGUGCGAGGAGAGGAGCUUCAACGGAUGUCUCAAUUCGGCCAUUCACACCAAAAUGAUUUUCACUUCGAGCAAUUCCAAUCCCAUGGCUCUCACGUCCAGCUCAGCCAGAUCCAAGGCUUCUCGGACAUGCCUCCAGAGGAAGUUUGCUACGAUGGCGACGAGGGAUACGACGAGAUGGCCAUGAAGACCGAGUACAACACUGAAACCGAUAACCGCAUCUUCAAAGUGGAAGGCGGUCAUUCCUCGUACAGAUACCCAAGUGACGAAGGCCUCGGCGAAUCCAUCAAGGACGAAAGCUCCCCACAAAACAGUACUAUCCAUGUCGAGCACGACGCACUGUCCGACGCAGACGCGGAUGCGGACGGAGACAUUGACCAGGAGAGCAUUAUCGGCGUCGUCAACGGCGGCGAUGACGAUGAUGUCGAGUACACGCCCAAGUCUACACGUUCCCGGAAGCGGGUUGCCUCCAACUCUAAGACUAUCACCCCUCCCUCCAACAAACGUUCCCGCACCACCAUCAAGUCCUCUCCAAACUCCAAAGCGGCCAAGGGACAACUCCAAUGCAAAUCCUGCGACCACGCGCCUUUCAAGGACGCCGCAGCCCUCCAACGCCACAACGCAGGCACACACACUCGAGCCUUCAUCUGCGUCUUCGCCUUCGCCGGCUGCAACAGCACCUUCGCCUCCAAGAACGAGUGGAAGCGGCACGUCUCGUCUCAACACCUGAACCUCUCCGCCUGGAUCUGCGAGCUGCAAGGAUGUGCCAAAGUCCUCUCUAACCCCAAGGUCGGCGGCCCGCCCGUCAAAGGCAGCGAGUUCAACCGCAAGGACCUGUUCACGCAGCACCUCCGGCGCAUGCACACCCCGUUCACGGUCAAGCGCCAGCAGAAGAAGAACCCCGAAUGGGAGGAGAAGCUGAAGGAGCUUGCAGUGUCUUGCUCGCGGGUUAAGAGGCAGCCGCCGCAGCGGUUGGCGUGUCCGUUGGCCGCGUGCGGCGCCGUGUUUGAGGGGCAAACGUGCUGGGAUGAUCGCAUGGAGCAUGUGGGAAAGCAUUUGGAGAAGGUGGCUACCAUGGCGAAGAGCGCUGAGGUGAGGCAGGAGAAUGAUGCGUUGCUUGUUCAGUGGGCGCUGAGGGAGGGGAUCAUUGAGACGAAGCAGGGCGGAAGUGGAUACCGCCUUUGCUCAGGUGGCAGAGAGACUAGGGUCGGUGAUGAGGAUGCGGAGGGCGAGGAGGAGUGAGCAUCUGCGGAAGAAUGAGCAUCCAGGGGCAGCGAGCUUGCGAGCAUGUCGUCUCUUCCUCUUUUUU